CAGCGGCGCGCGCUGUUUCCGGAAGUGUCCAGCACGGUCUGUUUCGUGGCGGUCUCGGACACCCCCGCCGCUGCUUUUGCUACGGAACUCUGCGCGUGGACCGGCGCCGGCCUGGGCGGGGCCAAGGUUCCGUCUGCGCCGCGGGAUGGAGAUAAUCCGGAGCAAUUUUAAGAUUAAUCUUCCCAAAGUGUACCAGGCCAUAGAGGAGGCUGACUUCUUCGCCAUCGAUGGGGAGUUUUCAGGAAUCAGUGAUGGACCCUCAGUAACAGCAUUAACAAGUGGUUUUGACACCCCAGAAGAGAGAUAUCAGAAGCUUAAAAAGCAUUCCAUGGACUUCUUGCUGUUUCAGUUUGGCCUCUGUGCUUUUAAGUAUGACCACGCCAAUUCCAAGCAUGUAACGAAGUCGUUUAACUUCUAUGUUUUCCCCAAGCCUUUCAGUAGGUCCUCACCAGAUGUCAAGUUUGUUUGCCAGAGCUCCAGCAUUGACUUUCUGGCAAGCCAAGGAUUUGACUUUAAUAAAGUGUUUUGCAGUGGAAUUCCAUAUCUGAACCAGGAAGAAGAAAGACAGCUGAGAGAGCAAUUUGAUGAAAAACGUUCUCAGGCCAAUGGGGCCGGAGCUCUGACAAAAUGUCCUGUGACAAUUCCUGAGGAUCAGAAGAAGUUUAUUGACCAAGUAAUAGAGAAGAUAGAGGGUUUCCUACAGAGAGAAGAGAAGAGGACUCUGGAACUUAACCCAUGCACUGGGUUCCAAAGAAAACUUAUUUAUCAGACUUUGAGUUGGAAGUAUCCCAAAGGCAUUCAUGUUGAGACAUUAGAGACUGACAAGAAGGAAAGACACAUAGUUAUCAGCAAAGUGGAUGAAGAAGAACGCAAAAGGAGAGAACAGGAGAAGUACGCAAAGGAGCAGGAGGAACUGAAUGAUGCUGUAGGAUUUUCAAGAGUCAUCCAUGCGAUUGCUAAUUCGGGGAAGCUGGUUGUUGGACACAACAUGCUCUUGGAUGUCAUGCACACUAUUCACCAGUUCUACUGCCCUCUGCCUGUGGACCUGAAUGAGUUUAAGGAGAUGACAACAUGUGUCUUCCCCAGACUCUUGGAUACUAAAUUGAUGGCCAGCACCCAGCCCUUUAAGGAUAUCAUUAACAAUACAUCCCUUGCAGAGUUGGAAAAGCGGUUGAAAGAGACACCUUUUGACCCUCCUAAAGUUGAGAGUGCGGAAGGCUUUCCAAGCUACGACACAGCUUCUGAGCAGCUGCAUGAGGCAGGUUAUGAUGCGUACAUCACAGGACUCUGCUUCAUCUCCAUGGCAAAUUACUUAGGUUCUUUACUCAGUCCUCCAAAAACGUGUGUGUCCGCCAGAUCAAAGCUCAUCGAACCCUUUUUUAACAAGUUAUUUCUUAUGAGGGUCAUGGAUAUUCCCUAUUUAAACUUGGAAGGGCCAGACUUGCAGCCUAAGCGGGAUCAUGUUCUCCAUGUGACCUUCCCUAAAGAAUGGAAAACCAGUGACCUGUACCAGCUCUUCAGCGCCUUUGGAUCCAGGACCACAAGCCCUGCCCACUCAAAAUGGUCCAGGUUCUUCCCCCAUCGAUCAGUAAUUAGGAAAAUGUCCCACAGGAUUGUGGACAGCCUGAUCUGAUACAGGUGCUUUUUUUCUCCUUCCCUCCUUCCUCCCUCCCUCCCUCCUUCCUCCUUCCUUCCCUCCUUCCUUCCUUCUUCCUUCUUUCUUCCUUCUUUGCUCUUCCUCCUCCUCCUCCUUUUUUGUUUUUUGAGACAGGGUUUCCUCUUUCUCUGUGUAGUGCUGGUUGUUCUGGAACUCACUCUGUAGACCUUGAACUUAGAAAUCCACCUGCUUCUGCCCCCCAAGUGCUGGGACUAAAGGCAUGUGCCACCAAUACCCAUCUUGGGCCUUUUUAUUAAUUGAGGUUUCCUCCUCUUAGAUGACUUUAGCUUGUGUUAAGCUGACAUAAAACCAUCUAGCACAGUAAUGAAUAAAACAAUAUACUUGAAUUGUAUAGACAUUUAAGAAAAUAUUAAAAUUGUAAAAUAUUAAAGUAUAUUUUAAUACUUAGAUUAAAAGAAGGAUAUGGAAUAGGCUCUUGCUUAAUUAACACUAUUUUCAAAGCAACAUGGAGAAGUCAGAUGGAAGUGAAGGAAGACGCAUUUACUGCUAGGUAUUUUAUUAUGAUUCAUUGAAAAAAAAUCUAUGUGGUUGUUUUGUCUGCAUUUCUGUAUUAGCACUGUGUGUGUACAGUGCCCUGGAAGUCAGAAGAGGGCAUCAGAUCCCCUGAAACUGCAGUUACAGACAGUGGUGAGCUGUCCACUGUCUGGAUUCUAAAGGAUCCAGUCCUUUAGAAGAGCAGUCAGUGCUCUUCACUGCAGAACCACACUCCAGCCACACCACUGAGUGUCUGGCAGACGUUCUUUUUGUUUUCUAAGCUUUCCUGUCCUUAAAACAUGAGCACAUGUUACCUCUUGAAAGAAACAUUGAAUUCUGGAAGUGAAAGCAGGUAUAUUUCUAGAAAGUUAUGUUGCAGAUAGUCUCUGCCCUUUGAAACCGUCCCCACCUUUGAAUUUAGCCUUCAGUAGAGAAAGGCAGUGACCCUCGGGCUCACUCCUUUUGCAGUGCCUGUUGUCAUCUGUUUAAGUCCUGCCCCUAUGUAGUCAGGCUUUCAGAACUAAGGUAAGGAAAAUGGUUAACCAGGAUGUUUUUGUUUUUUAAUACACAGCCCUGCAUGUGCUUUUCGCUCUCUGGUGCUGUAAGUUCAUAGAUUUAAUGGUCAGACCCGGGGUGAUGGCUCCGCACCUCCACGGUGCUUUUUCUAGUAGUCUAGGAUCUCAUUGAGCUGGGUGGUGCAGAGGCAGGAGGAUCUCUGUGAGUUCUAGGCAGCCAGGUCUAUAGAGCAAGCUUCAGAAUAACCUGCACUAGAGCAAUGGAUCUGGUUAAUUUUGGUGUGUGGUUUUGUUUUUGUUUUUGUUUUUUAAUUCUCUACAAUAAAGUUUUGGUAAGUAACACAGACAUUGUGUGACCUUGGGCAAGUGUUCUUUGAUCAGAAACAAUAACUGCAGUAGUGAUAACGACAUCCUUGUGACUAUGGCAUGGCAGUGGGACGGAAGAAGCUGGCCCAGGAAGGCUCAGCAGUGCAUCUGUUGAGAAGCUACCUAGGAUUGUUCAUCCUGGGUGGCAGCUGCCCUGGCAGUGAGUGACAGCUACCGCUGGGAAGCUGCAAGUCAGAGGCUUUUUCAAAAUCAUUUUCAUAGUGAAAUGUUUUUUAAAAUUCUUAGUCUUUGAAAGCUUUUGAAUUCUUUUGAAAGACUUGUUCUUUUAAGUUUACUCAUUGCUAACUCUGGUCCACUGUAUAUUCCCAAGAGCAGACGCAGUCCUUAUCCUCCCCUUGCCUGCACAGCCUCCUGGGUUCUGCCUGCAUACACAGUGUAGUGGCUUCAGGGUAGUGCUUUUUGCUGCCGUUUCUCACUUUAGCCUGUCUGGUUUUCCCUCUCUACAUCCUUAAUUUUUUAAUUGUGUGGUGUACGUGUGUAUGGAGUGCAUGUGAUCAGAGGACAGCGUGUAGAAAUCAGUUCUCUGCCUCUCCCAUGAGGAUUCUGGAAAUGGUCAGUCUCGGCUGCAAGCACCCUUAGCCUUCUUUUCCUUGUCGUCCACUCUUAUUACCUGGCCUGAUCCUAACACGGAGUUUUCCUUCCAUCUCUGUUUGUUUAUCACAUUGCAGAGUCUUCAUUUUCUUUUUUUUUUUAAAGAUUUAUUUAUUUAUUUUAUACAUAUAAGUACACUGUAGCUAUCUUCAGACGCACCAGAAGAGGGCAUCAGAUCUCAUUACAGAUGGUUGUGAGCCACCAUGUGGUUGCUGGGAUUUGAACUCAGGUCCUCUGAAGAGCAGUCAGUGCUCUUAACCACUGAGCCAUCUCUCCAGCCCCAAGUCUUCAUUUUCAAAGUUCAUGUCUUCCGUGCAGCUUAUUUCCAAUUGCUAUUGGAAGCUCACAAUUUAUUUGGGCUCAGAGUUGUAGUAGUUUGUAGUUAAAGCCUUUCUGUCUGGGUCCCCACACAGCACAGGGCAUCUUGGACGGAGAGAAGAGCACAGGUACAGCGUCUGUGUCUGUCAGGUUCACCCUCUUCUUGUACAGCGGGUUUACCUAAUGCCCACAGCAUGACCACUGUGUAUGGUAAGAGCCUCUGUCUGCCUUUAUGCUCCCGACAUCUGAAUACCAGAUAACAGAGUUUAAGUGUCAACAUGGGGCAGGGACAAAAUAUGUAAACCAGAGCAGUCUUAAAUGAAGUAACGAUAACGACGUUUGAUUGUAUGUGACCUUGGCAUAAGACCAGGGUCCAACUCUGACUGCUCAUGCCGCAUGAAUAUAUAUAUAUAUAUAUAUAUAUAUAUAUAUAUAUUAAACCCUCGCUAAUGCCAGCUGUGCUCUAGUAACUAGGUCUUCCCAUCCCCAUGGUCACUUGUCUUAGAACCGAUCACAUUCCCAGUCAUCUGCCCCCUGCGGCUAGCUGUCACAAAUCCCCAUAACCCAGUAAAAUCAAAAUUCUCGAGGCUUGUAAUUUAUCAAUCAGAUUUAUACCUACAAAUUCUCAACCCACAAAACGCCCACGCAAUGAACUCAGAGCCAAUUGAUAUUGAUACAAGCUGUCCAUCUAGAUAAGACAACUUGUCCUGUAUUAUUCUAUCCCUUCUAUAACAUUCAUAGCUACUUAAAGACACGUGAAUCAGGUUCACCCUCUUCUUCCUCCAUCUUCUCUGUCCUUCUGUCCUCUCUGUCCCUCAAUGCCCCAUCUCUAAAACUCUCAGCCCGCUUUCUUUUUUCACUGCCCAAUCAUGAACUCCAGUCUUAUUUUUCACUGGCCCUCACCUGCAUAUCAACAGCAAUCUACAUGCUUCUUUCUUUUUAACUUUUAAAAUUUUUAUCACUGUUUUGGGGUGUGUGUGUGUGUGUGUGUGUGUGUGUAAAUUCCAGAGGUUGAUAUGUCUGUCCUAAUUAAAUAAAUCUCUACCUUAUUUUUUUAAUUAAAAUAAUAGUUACUUGUUUAUUAUGUAGGCAAACAAUAGCAUGGCCUAGCAUGUGUGUGAAGGCCAGAGGACAGUUUAUAAGAAUCUACCAUGUGAGUCAUGGGGCUGGGACUCAGAUCAUCAGUCUUGGCAGUGAGCACAUUCACCACUGACCCAUCUCACUGACCCUCCCACCUGCCUUUUUAAUGUAAGGUCUCUUACCGAACCCAAACCUCACCAGUUUUGCUGGGCCAAAGAAUUCCAGGGGUUUACAUGCCCACCUCUCCAGCACUGUUUAUAUGGGCAUACUCAGCCAUGCUCACCUUUUUAUGUGGGUGCUGGGAUCAAACUAAGUUCUUUAAGGUCAAGCACUUUUACUGACUGAAUCUUCUCCCCAUCCCUGUUUCGAUUUUAAAACAAAUAAUGCAAAGGUUUUGUGUUUUGUGUUUCUUGAACGUUUGCAUGAGUGUGUGCAUGUAUGUGCAUGUGUAGACAUACACCUCCUAUAUCACUGGAGAGGCCAGAGGAGGAGGUGGAGCAUCCUGCUGUGGUACUCUUUUUUGAGACAGGAUCUUCUGCUGAACCUAAAGCUGUCGUGAUGUCUGAGAUCCUAUGUUAGCAGCCCCUAGUGCUAGAGUGACAGGCCUUUGAGUAAGGUGCUCAUGCUUGCAUAGCAAGUGCCGUUAUGCACUGAGCCACCUCCUAGCCUGUCUUGAAGUUUUAACAGAAACAAAUAGUGGAUUGAGAGUUUGCAGUAAGCUGGGUAGUGCUGAGAUUUCCAGUCUUACAUUUCAUCCCUCUAGACUUUACUGAACUACAUCAGACUGAGUCUACUGUAUGGUUUCUAAAUGCUCAGAGACUCACUUUGUUUUUAAUUUACCAUUAACAGGUAACAUUCAGAUAUCCUGGAUUGAUGACACAUCAGCCUUCGUUUCUCUCAGCCAACCAGAA